CCUGCUUCCCGGUGAAUGACAAAGGAGGCCGAAUAUUUUUUUGCUGCUACCUUCGAACGGGAAGCUCAUUUGUUUCUCAAUUGUCAUCUAUUCGAGCUGAGAUUUCAUAUUGGAAGCGGUACUCAAGUGCAGAAUGGAUUCUCGACGCGGACGAGGGGGCAAUGGGAACGAUUCCAGAUACCGAGGAUACAGUCGCUCUCGAUCCCGAUCUCGGGAAAGGAGCCGGGAGCGCGGAGCUUACAGGCGACGAACUUCCCGGUCCCACAGCCGGGAUAGGUUUUCGCAUCACAGACAUGGCCAGAGCCCAGACCGUGAUCUCUACCGGGAUCUCAUCAACGACGACUACAAAGACGACGAGCGUCCCUUCAACUCUCGCAAAUCCUUUGAGCGGCCGCAUCAUAAUGAGGACAACCAGGAUCACCGGCAAUGGAAUCAUGAUGGAGAAUCUAGACAUCGGAAAUAUGAAGAUAACGAGAAAGAGUCUGAACGCAGCAGUCACAGAGGCCGGAGUGGCAGCCACAGCAAUAGAGGCCAGGAGAGGGAAUCCCAUUACUCCUCGGAUGACAGUGAGGCCACUGAUGAAACACCUCAUCGGAACUGGCCGCACAAUGGGCAUAGCACCGAGGCACUUAAUAAUAUAAUAAUUUUCGGUCUUAAGAAACACAUCACGGAGGCAGACAUAAUGGGCGAACUCAUCAAGGUUAACCUGGAGCCAGCUUCCAUACGUGUCAUGAGGAAGAAACCUACAGGUGCCUCACGCUGUUUUGCAUUUGUCGAGUUUAAAACCGUUGAGGAAGCGAAACAAUGGAUGGAUUUAACUCAGGGCGUGCUCCAGUUGGGCGAUCAUCGGGUAGCCAUGCAGUACAGCCACACUCGAAUCUCGGAUUGGACUUGCUUUAAGUGUGGUGCUAGCAACUUUAAGAGACGUUUCCAGUGCUUUGUGUGCAGCUCGGCACGAUCUGAGAGCGAAGGCACUUUCUCCGGAGCCGGCGAGGGCAUCGACGAAGUCAGCCGCAUCCUCACAAAAAAGAUAAUGCUGCGCAACCUGGACGCGCUAACAAAUGAGGAGGGUGUGCUCACUGCCCUCCAAAAGCACUUGCCCAAACUGGCCAAAACAGUCAGCAAGGUGCUGAUCAGUCGUGACACCUUGACCCAGGCAUCUAGGGGCAUCUGUUAUUUGCACUUUGACACACUCGUUGACUCGAUGGAGGUGUACAACGGGCUGACUGCGUUGGACCCGCCUCUGGAACUGGAUGACAGAGCGGUUAUCAUUUCGUAUUGUAUUGAUACCGAAAACAGUCAACCAAUUCCUACUGAUCCCAAUUCCCAUGCCUACAAGUCUUUUGGACCCACUGCGGCAGUGCUUCCUUCUGGAAGCACUGGCAACUACACCAUGGCAGAUGUUCCACGGCUAGCGGAGUAUAGCGCUUCUCUUUAUGCCACUAACCCGGCGGAGCACACGUACUUUGUCCAGUACUAUACCGAUUACUAUACCGCUGAAAUCAAAAAGACCAGUGGAGAUGCUAACUUGACAGAGGCCAACUCCGGAGCAGCUGUGGCUCUCUCCGCCAUGCAGCGCAACCGUAAAAGAAACUUUGAUCCAGUGACCUCGACUCCAGCUCUGCCGAAGGCCGAAGCGAUCGUUGCGCCCAGGGGAAAUGAUGGAAAAGUAUACCCUACGCCCGAUGUGUCCAAGUACCAGUAUGAUGAGACCUCUGGCUACUAUUACGACGCCACUACAGGUCUUUAUUACGACGCCCACUCUCAGUAUUAUUACAAUAAUGAGACGGGAGCCUACCUCUACUGGGAUCAGAGGAGGAGAACCUACGUUCUGGCUACGCCAGCCUCUACGCAGGCGGCUCUGCAAGAGGUUAUCGCAGAGGCGGAGGCCAAGGAGGAGGAGGCCAGGAAGGCCAAAGAGAAGGAGAAGGACAAGGAGGGUGGCAAGCAAGACAAAGUCAAGGUGGCCAAGAAGAUCGUGAAGGACAUGGAGAAGUGGGCCAAGCAACUCAAUCAGAAAAAAGACUAUACGCCGGUGGUGGCACCGCAACCCAUACUAGAAGGGACCGAAUGUCCCAGCACUUCUCGAUCCACAGCAGGGGUGUAUGCUGAUGUGGGAUUUUCCAUACUCGAGAAGAAGGAAAGAGCCAAGGGCGCUGAAAGUGGUCCACUCCCGGAAACUCCUAUAAUAAGUAAGCUGAUGAAUGCCUAUGGGGGAGCUUCGGAUUCGGAGGAGGAUAGUACAGGAGCUACCCAGAGUUCGCAAACUUUGGCUGUUGCCGGGGGAGGUGGUGCCGAUGAGACAGACUACGUUGAUUUUCAAAAACUUACUUGUCUGCUUUGCAAGCGUGCAUUUCAAUCACAGGAUAUACUCCAGAAACAUUUAAAAAUGUCCAAUCUUCACAAGGAUAAUCUGGCGAAGCUUCAACAAAGCCAAGGAGGAGCUAACAACGAUGGGGGAUUCUCCUACCGCGAUCGUGCCAAGGAACGGAGAUUGAAGUAUGGGGAGAGUGAUCCUCCGCCACCAAACCGCAGCCGAGAGCACUUCGAGCAGCAGAUGAAGACUCUCCAGUCCUCCACAUCUGCGUCCACUCCAUCCGUGCCCAUCAGCUCUAGCAACGUGGGUAGCCGUCUGAUGCAGAAAAUGGGCUGGUCGGAGGGUCAGGGAUUGGGUAGAAAGAACCAGGGGCGUACUCAAAUAAUAGAGGCUGAGGGACGUAGCAACAAUGUGGGCCUGGGAAACCAGUCCGGAAAAAUGCCUCCUGGCAAUGACUACAAAUCCUACAUUAAGAAGAUGAUGAAGCAGCGCUAUGAUAAUGCUUAGGCCUUUUAAUUUAGUGGCUUAUUUUAAUUUUCUUAGAUAUAGAAUUACUUAGGCAUUGGUUACCUCACCUUUUAGCUCAUUUUAGAAUGUCUUUUGAAGUUAACAUGUAAAUAUAUAAUAAAGAAGGUCACAAAGUUAAGGGAA